AUGUGUCCCGUUCUAUACCAAAUACUCGCAAACACCUUGGUGCGCUCAGCGCGCCGCGUCGCUCCGCCCCAAGCACGAACGCUGCGUCUGCGCGGUUCGAGAACUCGAAAAAAGUACGUCCACAUAGACCCAUACGACCCUUCCAAACGUCUCCUCACUCUCCUCCCUUCCAACCCACCAACCCCCCAACUCGCCCUCGGCACAUGCACCGCCCUCCCACCCACACCCCAAAACUUCACCCAAAACCCUUCUUUCCUACCCAUCCUCUCCUCCGUCUUCGCUCAACACGCUACUUCGGAUCCCUACGUGCAGUCGCAAGCAGCCGUGUACGCCGCCCCGGGCGGUUCGUCGUUUGCCCCGGAAAGCGGCAGUGACGACGGCGCAGGCGGCGCCAUGCACCAGGGUGGCAGCGGGGGCGCCGGCCACGGCGGCUGGAUCCACGUGAGCGAUUUGAGGAAUCCGCCUGAUUACGGGCGGAUUGCGUGGCCAGAGGAUAUCUUUGGGAGUGUGGAGGUGGAUGGGAAUGGGCGGUUUGUGGAUGGUGGCGCGGGUGGGUGGCAGGAUAGUGGGACUUAUCGGGUUGUUACGAGGGAGGGGAUACUGGGGCUGACGGAGUUUAUGAGAGGGAAGGUUGUGGAGAGGUUGGUUGAGAUGGAGAGGGAGAUUGGUGGGGGGAAGGAGUGA